UGAACUAGGUUGAAGAUUAACUCUGGUUUUUACAUUUUCUUUGCCCCCCUGCGUCAUGUAAAGAUGUAUUAUUCCAAGAUGGCUGCGUCCAUGUUGCAGCGGUGUGUUCUCUUUGGACGAGCUUCUGCAAAAUGUAAAACUCUGGCUUUUACAGUACGACGAUGCCUUCUCUCUGCAUCGUAUUUGGAUGCGAAGAUAUGGGAACAGAGAAAGGAAGACCCACACAAUCUGGCUCAAUUGGCUUCCCUAAUGGACAGGACCUACGAAAGAAAGCUUCCUGUCAGCUCUCUGACAGUUUCUCGGUUCAUCGACAAUGUAUCAUCAAAGGAAGAAGUGGGCCAGGCAGAAUAUUAUCUUUACAAAUUCCGCCACAGCCCUAACUGCUGGUACCUGCGAGACUGGACCGUCCACAGCUGGUUCCGGAAGUGUCUGAAGCACGGGACGCGUGACAGGGCCCUGCACACCCUGAAAAACAAGGUGCAGUAUGGAGUGUUCCCAGAUGACUUGACCUUUAAUCUACUAAUAGAUUCCUUCGUAAAGGAUGAAGAUUAUAAGGGUGCCUGCGCGGUUGUGGAAGAGGUAAUGCUGCAGGAAGCGUUUGAUCUGCCCUCCACACAGAUCGUAUCGCUCUACGCUCUGGCCAAGUACUUGGCAACCAAACCUGAACUCAGUUGGCAGGAGGAGAGGAGCUUGGGAGCGGCCCUUCUCAUCGCGGGGCUGAAACAGGAGAACUCAGCGGGGAGGAGCGCCCAGCUCCUGGGCUGCGCUCUGCUGGGUAAAGUGGAGAUGUCCCGGGGCAUUCACGCCGUCUACCACCAGAUGCCCCUCAUCUGGACCCCUGGCUAUCUCCGCAGAGCCCUAGAUGUCAUGGAGAGUGUGUGCUCUGGGCCAGAGGGAGUCCAGCUCUCCAAAGAAGCGCUGGACUGUCUGGAGGGCGUGUUACGGGACCCCGGCCCCGUGUCUGAGGUCGACGCCGCCAAGGGCGACGAGGACGCGCAAGGCGCGCAGGGCACCGCGACGGAUGAGGAAGACCAGCUGGAGAGGGAGAAACUCCCGGAGUACGCCACGAGGUUCCAGGACCUCAGCAGCAAGCUGCAGUCUCUGGGCAGGGUCGACCCUGGAGGUCUCCUGGCGCUGGUCUCCGCCCUGGCCCAGGCGGAGCUGGCCGCGGCCGAAGCAGCGGACGGCGAGCUGUACGCACGGAAGGUGGAGGAGUGGGAACAGGAGCGCCAGAGUCUGAUCCAGAGGGAGAGGGAACUGAGAGAGAGGGCGCAGCAGGAGUAUCAGGCCAGACAGGCCGCCAAAGCCUCGGCCUAGUCCUGCGCCCUUGCGUGUGAGCGCCCAGAGGCUCCUCCUUCAGCUCCACAGCCAGUUCCGCUAUGUCACAGGCAGGAAGUGCUGACAUUACAGCUCUCGAAAUUCCAUUGGGCUGUUCAAUAAGGAAAUGUAUUCUGCCAUGCAAGUGAGGUCCAAAUUCAUUUUGAUCAAAUUAUGAAAUGAAUGUUAAUUGGGAAUGUUCAUCAUGGCUGAUUAUGCUCACCUUUUUAGUGGAGUUUGUUGUGUGUGACCUCAUCAUUGCUGAUGAUGAUCGUAGCGGUAUACCAGAUAUGACCUUUUGAACAGACCGUUUUCAUCCAGAUUUGAUAUGCAGUUCGCAUAUUUUAUAUGCAAGUCACUUAUGUUGUAUAUUUUGGGUAAUUUCCUUUUAGUUGUUACAUUUAUUGUAUAUAUCAUGUGCCCGAAGCUUAUUGUUUGAAAUAAAUUUCUCUCAAAAUGUCACAUCUGA